GCAAUAUUGGUAAUCUUGGUUGGCGGCCGUCUUUUACGUUUUUCCGCUUUCCGAAUUGAUACACAAACAUAAAAAAAUCCGCGUAUUUUUGUCGUUUCAUGUGUUUUACGUGAUCGGGAGAUUGUUCUAAGAUGGAGAAACGCGUGGAACUCGAAAAAAGGGGCAAAAACCCGGCCGAGAUCAAGGAGCUAAUUUUGGACAACUGCAGAAGCACCAACAUUGUCGGUUUAUCCGACGAAUUUGAAAAUUUGGAGUCCCUCUCUCUCAUAAACGUCGGUCUCACUUCCCUCAAAGGAUUCCCCAGGCUUCCGAACCUGAAAAAACUGGAAUUGAGCGAUAACAGGCUGAGUGGUGGCUUUGACAUACUGGAAACCAGCCCGAAAUUAGCGUACCUCAAUCUAAGCGGCAAUAGAAUUAAGGACAUAGAAUCGCUAGAGCCGCUGAAGCCGUUCAAAAAUUUGAGAAAUCUCGAUUUGUUCAACAAUGAAGCUACCAGCACUGAGAAUUAUCGGGAGAAAAUUUUCAAGAUGCUUCCAAAUCUAAAAUAUUUAGAUGGUUUUGAUGCUGAGGAUCACGAAGUUGAAGAAAGUGAUGGUGAAGAAGAGGUGAAUGGAAAUGGGGAAGAAGAGUCCAAUGAUGAAGAUCCAGAAAGCUCCGCUGAAGAAGAAGAGGAUGAAUUGGAUGAUAGUGUCGAUCUGGGUGUGGUCUACUCAGAAAACCUCGAUGAUCUAUCAGAUGAAGGUGAUUAUGAAGGUGGAGAAGAAGACGAUGAGGAUGAGGAGAUAGUUGAGGAUGAAGAGGACGAUGAGGAUGCUCACGUAGUCACCCCGAAUGAUAAGGGCAAAAAGCGAAAGCGCGAAGAUGGUGAGGAAAACUAAAUAUUAUUAUUUAUUAAAAAAAAACGUUAUCAGAUACAUCAAGAAAAUUAACAUUAUCGGGACAAACAAAAAGGGCCUUUGGCGUCUCUCCUGGCUGUGGUUUGAUUUUUUUUUUUUCAAUUUGUGUACCUGUAUUUUUUAUGUCCAAAAUUUUUUAUUGUCAAUAGGGCCGUAGCGAGGACGCCAAAUUUCAGAACAAAUUUGAUAAAUUCCUUUAUCAAAAUUUAAUAAUAAUUAUAAAUAUAUAUAUUUAUAUUCUAAAUUGUUGUAGAGAGUAUCCGUGUUUAAUUUUAACUUUCUUUUUUAAAUAUAGUGUAUGUUUUUUUAUGGGCUGGGAUAAAUAGCAUAAACAAAUAGUUAUUUUUCAUAUUGAAAAAUAAAAUCAAAAUAUACAUAUACAUGUCACAUUUGUGCAAUUUGUCCCAUGUUUUUGGCAUUUCAUCAAAAUAAAACUUAAUUGUAUUUUGUAAAGUGUUGUGAGAAUGACAAUUUAGAUUUUUUUAUUAUGGGCAAAAUUGACUAUCUCUUAAGACUGCGGACAUUGAGUGUAAGGUUUGUCGUUUAGGGGUGAUUUAUUCAUGUUCCAUGAAUAAAUCAGCCUUUAGUAGUUAGUUUUAGUUUUUAUUUUUUUGAUAUGCUGAUUAAUCAAAUAAUAAGAAAUCGUUAAUAUUUUUUAAAUAGGUUUUCCUCCUUGUUUUAAGCGUUUUAAAAUGAGAAAUUACCAGUUAUUGAGAUAAUGUUCUAUGAAAAAGCUACGGCCCUACAGCAGGGCUUAGGGGAAAAAUAAUUUUAUUGUUCAUUUCAGUGCUUUCACGAUAAAAAUGUUAACGUUUUUUAAGUAAAGUAUUUGUUUGGGCCAUGAACCAAUACCAAUAUAAUGUUAAAAAUGGCUCGAACCAAUAAUAAAUAAUUGUAGUUCUGUUAGAAUCCCCAUCCAGCUAAAUAACUAGUUUCAAAUUUAUGUUUUCAAAAACAUUGCCAGAAUAGAUACUUUUACUAACCUGUUUUUUUUUCUUUAAGAUAAGAGUUUUCGUUAUAAUAAUUAACCUGUUACUCAAGUGAAAUUUAUUCAUGUAUUAACCCUAUGUAAUAAUGUAUUUGCAUUUAUCCAUUUGAUUGUUUUUAUAGAGCCUUAUUUCUUAAUAAUGAAUAU